AUGGCAGAGAAUAAGAAGCAAAAGAUAAGAUAUGACUGGAUCGGCAUAAUCCUCAUCUGGUUCCUGCGCCUACUCAACCUUCUCUACGCAAACGCUCUCCGAUGGAUGCUCUACUUCUUCCUCGUUCUAACACCCACACUCUACGCACCGCGGGAAUACCUCGCAAUACUCAGUCUCGGAAUGUUCGAAACGCCAAUACCACUUAGUGACACAACGAUAACCUCAUGGAUGGCAUCCGACGCAGCGGGACGGUGUAUGACGACCACACAGAAGAGAGACGCUGUAUCCGCCGACGUGGACAAUGUAUCAGGGUGGUAUGGCCCCGGUGCAUAUCUCUCCUGGCUGGUGACGGGGUACGUUGCUGCGUGUUCGUCGAUCUGGGGCUCGAAGAUCUCAGCACAUAACCCCCAUUCAAGACGGCUAGAUGGAGAGGUACUCUUCACACUUGCAUAUCCCAUGAUAGCGACGUUCGAUAUUCUCGCCCGGCUGAUCACCUGCAAGAUUGACCCCGGGAUCAACGCCGCGCUGUUUGUGCUUAUCUCUUCCAUCAUGAUUGUCUCCCCGUUGAGUCGGUUGUCCUGGCAAUGGGACGGCGAGGCCGUGGAUACGGAAUCCAUUCUGCCAAAGUGUACGCGUGGGUGGUGGAUGAGUGGCGUGCGGUUUGUGAUGCAUACGGUUCUCUAUGCGAUUCUCGGGGAACCGUACGGGUAUACGGAUUUGGUGCUUGCGGUGUACGGGGUGUUGCUUUUGAUUAUGUUUGCUUCGGAGAUUCAUGGGGAGGUUUUGUCAGAGACCUAUCCUUACAGGAAGACUGUCUAUUUGGGGAGGGCUAAAAGACUGGUGCUCUUUGGAGUCGUGCAGGCUGUGUGGGUUGUUGUGUUGGCUGCUAGGAAGGGUUAUGUGUGGCCGAGGACGAGUGCAAGCCUAUGGGAUCUGGAUCAGGUUGCUGGGCUUGCGGUUACGGUUUGCGCUUUGGCGUAUUCUAGGUGGGAUGGGAUUAAAGAUGCAGUGUCUUCAAGUUGGAAAUUUGUCGAGACUCGCUCUUUGAUGGGUAGAUUGAGUCAUUGA